GUCAAACUUCAAACCAAAUCUAACUUCAUAAUAUCAUCACUACUACAAGUUUUCUCUUAAAAAAACAAAAAUAUAACUCUUUAUAAACGUUUCUAAAUCUUACUUAACUGCUUCAUUAGCAUCAAAGCCAUGGCAUUCAAGUGUUAUAACAUGUUGGUGCUUCUAUUUUUGCUUGUGAAUAUGAGCUUUCAUGGAAAUGUUAUAGCUCAAAAAAAUGGAUUAGGAGCUUCUUUUAUCUUUGGGGAUUCUUUGGUGGAUGCUGGAAAUAAUAACUACUUAUCAACUCUUUCUAAGGCAAACGUCCCUCCCAACGGAAUCGAUUUUAAAGCGACCGGAGGAAACCCUACCGGUCGUUUCACCAAUGGAAGAACCAUCGGCGAUUUAGUAGGAGAGGAAUUGGGACAAGCAAAUUAUGCUAUUCCAUUUUUAGCACCAAAUGCAACUGGAAAAUCAAUACUAUAUGGAGUUAAUUAUGCUUCUGGAGGAGGAGGAAUUUUGAAUGCAACUGGAAGAAUAUUUGUGAAUAGGAUAGGAAUGGAUGUUCAAAUAGAUUACUUCAAAAUAACAAGAAAACAAAUUGACAAACUUCUUGGUGAAUCCAAAGCAAGAGAAUUUAUUAUGAAGAAAUCGAUUUUCUCCAUCACCGUUGGAUCCAAUGAUUUUCUCAACAAUUAUCUUCUCCCAGUUCUUUCCAUCGGAGCCCGAAUUUCUCAAAGUCCUGACACUUUCAUAGACGAUAUGAUUAGUCAUUUCAGAAUUCAACUCACCAGACUAUACAAAAUGGAUGCUAGAAAGUUUGUGAUAGGCAAUGUUGGGCCAAUAGGAUGUAUACCUUACCAAAAGACAAUCAACCAAUUGAAUGAAGAGGAAUGUGUUGAUUUGGCUAAUAAACUUGCAAUUCAAUACAAUGCUCGAUUGAAGGAUAUGCUUGCUGAGCUUAAUGACAAUCUUCCUGGAGCAACGUUUGUUCUUGCAAAUGUCUAUGAUUUAGUCAUGGAACUCAUAAAAAAUUAUGAUAAAUAUGGAUUCACAACAUCAAGUAGAGCAUGCUGUGGAAAUGGGGGGCAAUUGGCAGGGAUAAUUCCAUGUGGGCCAACUUCAAGUAUAUGCAAUGAUAGGUAUAAGCAUGUGUUUUGGGAUCAAUAUCAUCCAAGUGAAGCUUCCAACAUAAUCAUUGCCAAGCAACUACUUGAUGGAGACAAGAGAUAUAUAUCUCCACUCAAUCUUAGACAACUUAGGGAUCUUUGAUUUUUCUUUUCUUUUCACUUGUUCAAUAUAUCUACACAAUUUGCAUGAACAUGUUUUUCCCUUUUGUUUUAUUGUUAGUACUUAAUUGUAUACCAAAAUGUACUAUUUCUCAACAAUACCUUUUGUUGUGGUU